GGGGCCAGUGGCGGCCGCGAUGGCGUCGCUGUUCGGCGGCGUGGAGGGCGGGGGCACCCACUCCAGGGUGGUGCUGGUGUCCGGGGAUGGCCAAAUCCUGGCCGAGACCGAGGGACCCUGCACCAACCACUGGCUCAUCGGCUCCGAGAAGUGCCUGGAGAGGAUCGAGCGCAUGGUCACCGAGGCCAAGAGCAAGGCGGGCGCCGACCCCCAGGUGCCCCUGCGCUCCCUGGGGCUGUCCCUGAGCGGAGGGGACCAGCAGGACGCCAUCGGGAAGCUGACGGAGGAGCUGCAGCGCCGCUUCCCCCACCUGAGCCAGAGCUACUUCAUCACCACCGACGCCGUGGGGGCCAUGGCCACGGCCACCGACCACGGUGGCAUCGUGCUGAUCUCGGGCACGGGCUCCAACUGCAAACUCAUCAACCCCGACGGCUCCGAGACCGGCUGUGGCGGCUGGGGACACAUGAUGGGGGACGAGGGGUCUGCCUACUGGAUCGCUCACCAGGCUGUCAAGAUGGUCUUUGACUGCAUGGACAACCUGGAGGUGCCGCCCCACGACGAUCGCCAUACUCAGCAGCCUUUCGACUACUUCCAGAUCUCGGACAGGAUGGGGCUCCUGACCCACCUCUACCGCACCUUCGAGAAGGCCAAAUUUGCGGGGUUUUGCCAGAAACUGGCGGAGGGUGCCCAGCUCGGUGACCCGCUGUGCUGCCACAUCUUCACCAAGGCUGGCGAGGUGCUGGCGCGCCACGUGGUGGCCGUGCUGCCCAAAAUCCACCAGAGCCUGUUCGAGGGCGAGCUGGGGCUGCCCAUCGUGUGCGUGGGCUCGGUGUGGAACAGCUGGGAGCGCCUGCAGGCGGGGUUCGUGCGGGUGCUGGAGCGGGCGCGGGGCGCGGCCCGCGGGCGUUUCUCGCGGUUCAGCCUGCUGCGGCUGCGGCGCUCCUCGGCGCUGGGCGGGGCGCGGCUCGGGGCGCGCAGCGUGGGCGCGGCGCUGCCGCUGGAGCGCGCCCGCAACGCCGAGGUGUUCUACAGGCACGAGUUCUGACAGCGCCCCGAAACGGGACAGAGCCCCGAAACUGGGACAGAGCCCCGAACAUGGCCCCGACACGGGACAGAGCCCCAAACAUGGCCCCAACAUGGGACAGAGCCCCAAAACUGCCCCAACACGGGACAGAGCCCCAAAA